ACUAUCACCAUGGCGAUAUUGACCACCAUUCUGCUUGUCAGCACGGCUUUUGCUCUGGGAGAUGGUAUGAUACGACCCAAGACCCCCUGUGAGAUUGCUAGAGAUACUGCGAUGAAAAAAGUCAGGCCUGGAGUCUACGUCCCCACGUGUGACAAUGAUGGACAAUACAAACCUGAGCAAUGUUCAGGCUCUACAGGUUACUGUUGGUGUGUGAACAGUUCUGGACAGAAGAUCCCGGGUACUGACACUCCACCAGGCACUGCUCCAAUCAUAUGUUCCACCCAGAAUGGUACGAUGCGACCCAAGUCCCCAUGUGAGGAUGCUAGAGAUGCUGCGACACAUGACCCAGUUGGAGCCUACACCCCCACGUGUGAUGCCGCUGGACGAUACACCCCUGAGCAAUGUUCGGGCUCUACAGGUUACUGUUGGUGUGUGACCAGUUCUGGACAGAAGAUCCCGGGUACUGACACUCCACCAGGCACUGCUCCAAUCAUAUGUUCCACCAAGAUGAAAGGCGUUGGAAGUAAGAUGUAG